GGUCCGGGUGCCACUGAAAGAGACCAGGCGGCCAGCAGCUGGUCGUCGGCCCAGAUUUGAACCUCCGAAGAAGACGAGUUGUGUUGUCCCUGUUCUCUUAAACCUGGUAGGUAAUGGAUAAUCCAGGCCAUAGCAUAUUUGGUGGGAUGAGCUUACACUUAGAGGGUAUUAGGACAUCUGAUCUAGAUGGUGAAGAAGAGGAAGAACAAAAUUUGAGAGAGGAGGAAGAGGAAAAUAAGAGAAGGGAGGAAGAACUCAAAGAAAAGUUGGCUGGGGCUUUUGAUGAUCUUGAAGAGGAUGAAUCUUAUGCAAAUCAGAUUAGCCAUUAUUCCACAUCCUCUAAUCAACUUCAAGGAAAUUCCAUUCAGGAGGAGGGUAGUUCAGAGAGACGCCCAGAAGUAUCUUACGUUCAUGACGAUGUGAACAGCCAGAGAAGCUUUGAAAAUUCUCACGGUAGUAUAAACGAAUAUGAUCAUGUAGAUCCUUAUGCAAGUGAGGGGCUGCAGAACCAGUCUCUUGGGGAUCAUGCCACAAUUCUUCCCACUGCUUUUAGCAGUAGCCAGAGGGGUGUUCCCACAUGGGGCAAUGACAGUCAAGAUGAUCCAAACCAGUAUAACCCCUUUGUAGCCCAUGAGACUGAUGGAGACUUUCAUAUUUUGUCAGAGUAUCAACACCCACAAGAAGACAAUUUUGAAAUUAAUAGGAACAUGGAUUAUAAUGAUGAAGGGCCAUCAUAUGAAGCUACUGAAGCUUACAAUGCAGAUGAUUACAAAUCUAGCAUUACUGAGAAUGAGAGUGCUAAGGAAAUACUAAGAAAUCAAUAUAAGGACGUAGACACAGCAUACGAUCAGCUGAAACUUUUGUAUGAAGCCAGGGGUAGAGAAAUUGAUAAACUAACUUCAGAAUUUUCAAAGUUAAAGUUUGAAAGUAGUCGUAAUACUCGGGUGUUACAGCAUCAGCUCAAUCUCCUAAAAUCUGACAGUGAAAGCAAAGCUGCCAAUAUAAAUCAACUUCAAAUUCUCCUGACAAAAAAGGAUGAAAGAAUAAAAAACUUAAUAAGUGAUUUUAAUGAAGUUCAUGAUAAAUUUAAAAGUGCUCAAGAUGAAAAUAGCAAACUUCACUUUGAACUUGAAACAGCAGAAUCUACUAUUUCUAGUUUAGAAUGCCAAAUCUCUGAACUAAAAGCUGCUGACAGCCUCACGAGAAAUCAGCAGAUACAUGACAAUUUUGUUCGGAAACUUCAGCAAGGUAGUAAGGAAGAAAAGGACUUAUUAAUGACUAAACUGCAGGAAGCUCAGAGAGAAAUUGAGACAUAUCAGCAAGAGAUUAAAAGACUAAGAGAUGAAUUGAAGAAUUUGAGAGCAACCUACGAUGAUGCACUUAUACAAAAAUCAGAGACUGUAACAAAACUUACUUUGACCAUUGAAAAUGUAAGAAAACAGUAUGAAGAUCUGCUGCAGGCUCACGAUAGCAAGCAACUCUUAGAACUGCAGUUAAAAAUUAAGGAUCUUGAAUCUAACAAACAUCGUUUAGAAAGUAAAGUUUGCUCUCUAGAACAGGAUUUGGCAAAAUCCAAAGAGGAGCUUGAAGAAUUUGACACGUCGAUGAAGAUAGCACUUUUUAGUAAAAUAGCACCAGUAGAGGAGUCUCUGGAACAGUUAGGUAUUAAAAGAAAACUGAACUAUGAUGACGCUCAGACUGAGGAUACAAGAAAGGGUGACAAGUUAACUGAAACUCAGGACAAAUUUAAAUUACAAGAUGAAUUGAAAAAAAGUUUGUUAAUUAAUAAGGUUAAACGAGAUAAAAUAAGAACACUGAAGGAAGAGAACGCUCUCUCACAAUUACUGGUUAGGAAAGCUGAAAGUGAUCUUAAGGAUGCCCACAUUGAAAUAAACGAACUACGUGGAAACUUGAUGAAGCUUAAGUUGGAGCAUGCUGAAUGCCAGCUACAGGAUGGUAAUAAGACAGCUGAUAAUAACAAUAAUGCAAAAGCUGUACAGGCUGAAAAUAUAUCUCUUCGACAGGAAUUAACUCUUUUACACAACUCUUAUAGAAAAUUAAAAUACUCUUUGAAGGAGUUAAAUGAUCUGAUUCACCAUUUGAAAAGUGACCUAUCUAAUAUGAAUUCAGAAAAUGACUGUGUUACUUUAAAUACUAUGUUUGACAAAUGGCUACAGGAAGUAGAGUUGGGUAAGAAUUUUAUUACAGAUACAGAGCAGUUCCAGAAAGCAAUAGCUCAGGUUAGAGAAGAUAACCAUAAAUUGUAUGAAAGACAAGUUUUGUGGGAGAAGAGAAUGAAUGACAUGCAAAUCAUAUUAAAGGUUUCAGAAAAGAUGAUUGUCAGUGCGAUUAAUGAUCAAGGAAGAGGUAAUGAGUAUAACCAUGCUUGCAAUACCCUUCAGAAGCUUCUGGAAGAUCUACAACAACUAAUGAAGAAUGUACAAGAGGAAAAUUCUGGUGUGUACAAUGAGAAUAUGAACCUACGGGAUCAACUGACCAAUUGUCAUUUGGAGUUGGAACACUUAAAAGAGAAGGUUGACAGUAUCAAAGAGCAAAAUAAGGUGCUGGAGGAAGAAAUGACAGUUUUAUCAAAGAAAAAGGAUGAAGAAAGAAUUCUUGCAUUAGAAGAUUGUCAAAGUACAUACUUGAGGUUUCAUGAACAGGCAGUUCGUGAACUAGAGAUGAAAAUUAAAACGCAAUAUGAAAGUAUUGCACAAAACCUGAAAGGUGAAAUUAGCAGACUUUCAGAUGAAUUGAAUAAUACAAAGGAGUUGUAUAUCAAGGUGUGUCAGGAAAAAGAUGGGCUUGAGCUUGAACUUGAAAAGGCAGAGGCAGAAAAAUCUGAGUCAAGAGAUCAGGGUGGUGACUCGGACAAACUGAAAUCGAAAAAUAAGGUUGUGGAGACCCCUGAUUCCCAUGUUACAGACAAUUCUGGAAAAUGGUACAGAAAACAACCUUUCACUAUGUAUAAGAAGACAAUAGAAGAUCUUGAAACAGAAUUGGCAAAUUUGAAAGAACGAUACAGUGAAGACAACAAAAAGAUGGUAAUAGAGAAAGAAAAUCUAAAUAUGAAAUACAAAAAGCAAGUAGAAGAAAUACAAACUAUCAGGCAGGAGUCACACAAGUCUGUGGAAGAUUUACAGAAAAAAUGUUUAGAAUUAGAGAAGUGUAAUGUUAACUUGGAAGACAAAUGUAGAAGACUAGAGGAAGAAAUAUUGAUGAUGAAGGAAAAUAACAGGGCAGAAGUUGAUCCAAGACAGCCUGAGGGUUGGCGCCUUAUAUUAGAGAGACAGCAAAAGCGGGUAGAUGAAGAAAAGGAAGAAAUGAAAAGACAGUACGAGACCCUCAUACAAGACCUACAAAACAAAUAUGCCAAGGCUGAAAGUUCAAAGUUAUUAGAAAAGAAAGUGAAAGAACAGGAGGAAGAAAUUAAAAUUCUAGAAAAUAAAGUGAAAGAUCAAGAAAAGAAUUUAAAGACAAUUAGUAAUGAACUGGAGAGAAUGAAGGAAAGGGAAAAGGAGGAAAAAGAAAAUGAGUGUGUGUUUGAGCAGGAGAUACACAGGUUAACAGACAUGGUGCAAAACCUGGAGAGCGAGUUGAAAGAAAAGCAAGAGGAAAAUGAAAAGGCAAAAGUUGCACGCACACAGUUUGUACAAGAUCUACAGGACGAAUUGGAAACAUUAAGGAAAAAGCUGCUGCAAGCUGAAGAGGAAGUUGGUACAUUGAGGCAGAUUCAAGACAAAUAUAAAUCACUAAAACAAAGGGUUACAAAGUAUCAUUCAGCAACAAAGCAGGAAAAUUCUUACUACAAAGAGGAAAUGGAUCGACUUGCCAGAGAAUAUGCGUCUGCCAAGCAAACAUUGCUGGACCGUGUCAGGGUGUACAUUGAGGAAAUUAAGCUAAAAUGCAUAUUCUGCAUAGACUCUAUAAUAUCUUCCCUUAGAGGCCUAGAAAAUAUGCAUUAUUCAUUAGAUGCCACUCUCUUAGAAUUAGAGGAGUUGGCCAAGGAACUUAAGGAUUUUACUCUACAGUUAAAGUGAGAUUGCAUUUGGAA